UCUAACGAUUAGAAAAUGACUAAACUUGUACAAAACGUGCUGCUUAUAGCACAUAUCAUCGUGAGAUUUUAUACUCAUGCAAAUUACUCUAACAUGACUGAACGCGAUCUACAUGAAAAACUUUUUUAUAAGUACAACACGAACGUAAUGCCAAACUUAAAUAAAUCGAGACCAAUGGAAGUAACAGUGGACAUGUAUCUUAUGUCAAUAGAUAAUAUCAACGAAAAACGGCAAACUAUAACAAUAAAGGCUUUUCUUGAAAGUUUCUGGAAAGAUGAAUUUCUUACAUGGAAUACUGAAGAUUAUCCUGGCGUUAAUAGAGUGAAUGUGAAGAAUUCGGAAAUUUGGAUUCCAGACUUGGCUUUGGAUGAUACAUUUGACAAGCAUACCGAUAUAGGUCAAGAAGACGGGAGAGCAGAUGUUAAAAGCAAUGGGGUAGUGACAAUAUGGCCCUAUAGAAUAUAUACUGUUGCUUGCAAAAUUAGUAUUAAACAGUUUCCAUUUGAUACACAAGAUUGUGUAUUUGAUUUUCUGUCUUGGACAAACCCUUCGACUAUUCUUGUUUUAAAUAGUUCAUAUAAAAUGUUGGAUAUGACGUAUUUUUCCGAAAGCGGAGAAUGGGACCUCAUUCAAAGCAACAUAAAUCACGAAAGACGGCCAUACGGGAAUGACUCUUGGGACCAUCUUAAAUUCUUUCUUAAGCUGAAACGGAAGUACCUUUUUCACAUUCUGAAUGUUGUUUUACCAGUUGUGAGUAUUUCUAUGCUAAAUAUCGCGUGCUUUCUACUUCCGUCAGAAGGCGGUGAAAGGGUAACGCUUUCAAUAUCUGUAUUUCUGACUCUGGCUGUAUUUCUGACUGUUGUUAACAGUUACAUGCCAGAAUCCUCCGACGAGGUGGCAACGUUCAGCGUAUUUGUCGGCUUACAACUAUUUGGAAGCGCUUUUACCAUACUCAUGACUAUAAUAUCUCUUCAUACAUUCUACAAAGAAGAAUGCAGUGACAUCCCGAUGCUAUUCAAAGCAUUGACGCGACUUUGCUGUACCAAUAGUCAAAAAGAAAGCAGUAACAAUAAUGGACCGGAAAUCAUCAACGGAUAUGGCGACACAACGUUGGAAGGCGUAAUUAAUGAUAAAAUCAAGAUACCGGAAGAAGAGCAACAUGUUUCGUGGGAAAUGGUUUCAAAAGCUAUCGACAGGAUAUGUCUUGUGUCAGCAAUAUGCUGGCACAGUAUUCUUAUAACUAGUUUAUUAGUAAGCAUUACAACAUGAAAAUAACACAUUCAGUUAAAAAAAAAGAAUCAAAGGAAAAUGACAUGAGGUCUAAUAUAAAGGGCACUUACG